AUGACGAUUGCUCGCAUGUUGCAGACCAUAUUCACUGCGCCUACGGCGGUGACAUUCAGGCCGGCUAGUCACCUCGCGGAGUCCUAUCUCAAAAAAGAUCCAUCAGAUGACGAGAGCACGGCAGAACCAAAAAUGGCGCCGGAGAUAUUGCUUCAGGGCGCAUGUCCGAACCAGUACAGUAAGUGCGCUGAACUGCUCCAGUCCUCCAUUCCCAAAGGAUUUGACGCCAGCGAGAUAAUAUUGCAGCGCAAUGGGCUUGUCCACACCUUGCUUGAGGCGUACAACGAGCACCGUGCGCGCGUGCUCCGUCCGAUUGAUGUCUGGCUUGCCAUCUUGACCCAGUUCUCCUUCUAUGUGAGCGCGUAUGCGGAAGAGCGGCUCUCUCUGUUCGUUGCACAUAAGGGGAAGAAGGAGCUUAGGCCAACAGCGUACAGAACGCGGUACACGGUCGACUUCGGGAGAGUGGCUAGGCAGACGGCGGACCUUCUCGAAGAGAAUUUGACAGAUCCCGCGCUUCGAAUGUGGGCAACUCCGAAGUUCAGUACGACGACGAUCACGGACAAUAAAGUGUUCGCUAUUGCGCUCAUGGCCACGACGAAGAGCUAUUGGGAGACUUUUUUCGGGCUGUGCUGUGGUAUCCCUCGCGUCACGCUGGAUGGAACGCGCGAGGAUUGGGAGGUCGUGUUGCAGAGUAUUGACAAGCUGAAGGAAUUCGGGUUCGAGACGACCGCAUGGUAUCACCUGCUCAGGCCUGUGCUGGCAUGCUUCGUAAACGCGUUUGACGACCCCGACGGAGAGGAGAACAUCGACUUCUGGGGGAGAGUCGCCCACCUUCACAGCGGCAUGAGUGGUCCAACGUACCUCAUGGGUUGGGCCACUACCUUCUGCGUAUUCGAUGCCCAUGGGAAGUGGCAAGGGCCAUUCCUAGACAACAUCCCCUCCUUCGAUUCUCCGUCCCAGGACUACGCCAAGCUUAGUGGAGAAGCCUUCGCAAAAGAACAUUUAGAACUAGACUCUGACUCGUACCUCGUUCUCGACGGGGUUCCCUACCCACACAUUAGUAUGAGGGACAUUCCAGCUGGGACCUUUGAGGUAGACGUCAAACUCGAUGACAACGGUGAGAUGCUCGAGACGCUCCUUGUAGCCGGGAGCAUGGGGAGCGCCGUUAGCUUGAGCAACGACAUAUCGUUGUCCAAAACCGAGGAGAGGGACAUAGUGAGGCCCGUGCCUGGAUGGUGGAUGUUUAUCAAAAAGUAG